GGGCGCCCCGGCAGGCUCGCAGCACCGCUUCGUCGCAGCGGCUUGGGCCCUCCGGCCCUCCGUAGCCGCUCGACUGUCGCGCUGCACCAGCUUCCUCCUCGGCGUUCCCACGCCUAUUUGGGCGGAUUAUUGCCGCUGAAGGAAGAGGCAGGGUCACCGUCUCUCCACGUCAGAGACCUGACUGUGGAGAUGGCGGCUCAGAAGAUAAACGAGGGGCUGGAACACCUCGCCAAAGCAGAGAAAUACCUGAAAACUGGUUUUUUAAAAUGGAAGCCAGAUUAUGACAGUGCCGCUUCUGAAUAUGGAAAAGCAGCUGUUGCUUUUAAAAAUGCCAAACAGUUUGAGCAAGCAAAAGAUGCCUGCCUGAGGGAAGCUGUUGCCCAUGAAAAUAAUAGGGCUCUUUUUCAUGCUGCCAAAGCUUAUGAGCAAGCUGGAAUGAUGUUGAAGGAGAUGCAGAAACUACCAGAGGCUGUUCAGCUAAUUGAGAAAGCCAGCAUGAUGUACCUAGAAAACGGCACCCCAGACACAGCAGCCAUGGCUUUGGAGCGAGCUGGAAAGCUUAUAGAAAAUGUUGAUCCAGAGAAAGCUGUACAGUUAUAUCAACAGACAGCUAAUGUGUUUGAAAAUGAAGAACGCUUACGACAGGCAGUUGAAUUACUAGGAAAAGCCUCCAGACUACUAGUACGAGGACGUAGGUUUGAUGAGGCGGCACUCUCUAUUCAGAAAGAAAAAAAUAUUUAUAAGGAAAUAGAGAAUUAUCCAACUUGUUAUAAGAAAACAAUUGCUCAAGUCUUAGUUCAUCUACACAGAAAUGACUAUGUAGCUGCAGAAAGAUGUGUCCGGGAGAGCUAUAGCAUCCCUGGGUUCAAUGGCAGUGAAGACUGUGCUGCCCUGGAACAGCUUCUUGAAGGUUAUGACCAGCAAGACCAAGAUCAAGUGUCAGAUGUGUGCAACUCACCACUUUUCAAGUACAUGGACAAUGAUUAUGCUAAGCUGGGCCUGAGUUUGGUGGUUCCAGGAGGGGGAAUCAAGAAGAAAUCACCCGCAACACCACAGGCCAAGCCUGAUGGUGUCACUGCCACAGCUGCUGAUGAAGAGGAAGAUGAAUACUCAGGAGGACUAUGCUAGUAUUUUGCUUGCUGAAAAGAAAAGGGAAACAAAGGUAAAAUCCUGACAUGCCAUUUCAAGGACUUGGGAAUAGAUUAGGGAUAUCCAUACUUCCUUACAGUCAUGAUUUGGGAUCCUAAUAAAGACGAGUUUUUAGUUACCAUCUUCCCAAAUCACUCAUUGUAUCCAUUACCUGUGAAGCAUAUCUUUUUCUUUCCAUAAGAGCUUUUCUAAGACACCAGCAGGAAUUAACAGAAAAUGUACUGUCAUGUUUUAAUACAGUUGAUUAAAAAAUUUGCAAGCCAAAUUAUACAUAAAUUAUGUUCUAAACAAAAAGAGUAAUAAGCGUAGGUAUUCUCUCUUGGACGCUUGUAAGUUACUGUUAGUGAAUUGUUUUUUACGUUUCAUUUAAUAAUUGCUGCUAAAGGUGAUGUUUACUGAUAAAAAAUUAUUUUUAAAAUUUGUUUUGUUUUGAAAAGGAAAUUUAUCCCCCAUGAUGUUAGAUACAUUUAAAUUAUUAAGUCUUUUCAGAGAUGAGAUGGGGACAGGAAGUUAUUUUGAGCCUUACAAUAUUAUUUAGCCCAAUAAAAGAUGCAUUGAAGCUCUUAUAUAUUAUGAGUUUGAAAAAUUUUGAAGGUAGCAUAUUAAAGUGAUCUAUAAAUAUCUUCAGUCCUCUCUGAAGUGUGGGUAUUUCUUCUAUCUAAAAUAUACAUACAGUGACUGUCUUCAAAUCUACUUGGUUCUUGACCAAAUAGGAGCUAAUGGGUAAUGAAUACCUUUUUUUUUGUUUGUUUGUUUUGUUUUUUGUUUUUUUUAAGGGUCUCACUCUGUUGCCCAGGCUGGAGUGCAGUGGCACGAUCACGGCUCCCUGCAGCCUCUCCUGGACUUAGGUGAUUCUGCCAUCUCAGACCCGAGUAGCUGGGACUACAGGCGUGCACCACCACGCCAGGCUAAUGUUUUUAUUUUUUAUUUUGUAUUUUUUUUGAUUUUUUUUGUAGAGAUGGAGUUGCUCCAUGUUGCACAGGCUGUUCUCAAACUCCUAAGCUCAAGCCAUCUGCCUGCCUUGGCCUCCCAAAGUGCUGGGAUUGUAGACAUAAGCCACCUCACCCAGCCUACGAAUAUCUUUCUAACAUUGUAAGAAUGAGGUAAUGUUUCCAUCAAUCUAAUACAGAUAUAUUUCUUCCCUCCAAAAUAAUUUGGUUUAUUUUGAUUGUAACUCCGUCAUAACUUGACAUGGAAAAUGCUAUAUACUAUGAAAACUUAGCUGAAAGGGAAGAAUUGUUUUAGAAGACAAUAUUUAAAACACCACACUGCCAAUAUAUUGAUCCUUUAUAGUUAUUUCCUAAAAUGCUGUUUUCAAAACAUUCCUUUUUCACCCUGUUGUGUGGCUUAGACCCAUCUCAUAAUCUAUUAAUUGGAAAGAGGCUACAAACACCAGCAGUGUGUGUUCUGCAGGUACACACUGCCAAAGUAAUUUCCUGCUUAUUCAUGCCCUGUCUCUGUCUCUUUUAGAGUCAUACCUUAUUUGGGUAUAGGUUGCUUAAUUUUGCUAGACUUUCUGAAAACACUAAGAUAGCGUAUCAGAAGUGAUUUUAAUCACAGUUCUGUGGGAGAGUUUAGACAGAAUAACAUCCUCCUUUGGGAGGUGGUCUUGGGUGGGUGGAUGUUGGUAUACAGUCUUUAUUGUAAGUCUGAUACAAAAUGCUAAUAAAUUUAAUGUUUUUCUUCCUUAAUUUAUUGGCAUAGUUCUUCAGGUAGCAUCUCAUUUUUAAUGAUAUUGGGAUUAACUAUGAACAAGCUAUAUGUAGACAUUUGCAUUUAAGGACAUUGCAGUGUUUCAAAGAUCCCAUCAUUGCAGCUUGUAUCCUUUAGAUCCAGUCGGAAACUUCUGGAGUGUUACAUUAAUGCUCAUUUGAGCUAAUUAGUAAUCUGUUUAAACAGAUUUGGCAAUACUUUAAAGAUAUUGUAGACUAUUUAUUUAUAGAUCAUAUUACCCAUUAAAGUCUUGGGGAAAAAAUUUUUUAGUUUUACUCUUCUUAUGUACUGAAAACUUUUUUUAAAAAAGGUGAUGAUGAAGUGCAUUCUGUAGCAGCAGCGCAGCUGGGCUUUAAACCACACAAAAGACUCUGUCCAAGUGCAGCCUCCUUCACCUUUCCUGCCCAUGGAGAGGAUUGAAUAACCAGGACUUGGGGAUAUUCUUUGUUGUCAGGGUUAUUCUAUGUGAUAAAGAAUAUUUGUUUCACAUUUAUACAUUUUCUUUUUCCACUCACAUAAGUUUCUAUCUUGAGAGCAUAGUCCAAAGUGUAAAACUUGGUGUUUACAAGAAAAAUUGUCUUCCAGAACUCCACUGUCAUCACUUUCACCAAAGUGGAAGUUUGCAUGAAUAUGCUCAGAAUCUAAUAUUCAAUGUUCUGUUACAUUGUAAGUGAAGUCCAGCUACAAAAUAGAUUUAAUAUAUUGAAUUUAUUUGUACAUAUGCAGAGUAUGGUAUUUCUGUAUGGAAUCUGCUUUAUUCCUAUUUUCUCCAACUCCGAUAAGUAGAAUAUUAAAUGUGUUGUUAUGGAAAUACAGAUUAUUGCUUCUAUAGGAAGAUAAUUACGAAAAUAAAACCUGAAACUAUAUAAA